AUGAUAGCAGUACGCAAGAAACGCCGCGCUGGAUUCGAUAGCGACGUCAAACACAUAGACAAAGUUCUUCACACGCCUGCUAUGACAGGUACGGAGCUUCGUGAGGCCACCCUCGAUUGGUUGCGCUCCCGAGAUCACAUCCCAGUCAUGCAGACAAUGGAGGAAGCCACAAAGACUAUAUUGUUUCGUAUGGUGACUGAACAAGCUUUUGCUCAGUUUCUGUGCCAAAUACUAGAUGAUUGGAAUACAUGGGCGGACAAAGGUGAAAUGAGCGUGAAGGACUUUUGCAUCAUCAAUCAAAUCAAAGUCAUCUUUGCCCAGGCGAGCCUGGUGAUUGUAGUUCUUGCUGGUCUCGAGAAUGGGCCAGCUUCCGAAUCGAGCAUUAUGCAGGAAUGCGCAGAAAAAUGGGCGUAUGUGGAACUAGGGUCGUCAGUCGAGCGUCGCGUAGCUGAGAGUCGUAAAAUAUUAUGA